AGGUAGAAAAGGCAAAAGAAAAAGGUGCUGCUAAAGACGCUGGAAAAGAAGGGGAAGUGGAUGGAAAAAGUAUUGAGCUAAAAAAGCCUGAAGACAAACUGACGUCUGUGGAGGGUCAGCAGUUGAAUAACAAUGAAGGCUUGCAGCCGACAACAUUGAAUGGACUUCAUGGAGUUGAAACGACAACACCAUCAAGAGAAAUUUUGUCGGUUCGUGAAGAUCAACAAGAUUUGUCGAGUUCUCUGCUGCCUCCGUUACACAACACCUCACCGGGUGGAACUCCACCAUCCACUCCUGCAGCUGGCCGUGCUGACACAAAAAGUCACGAAAACGACAUUGGCAAGAAGAAUUCUCAACAGUCUAUGGUAGGAGACAUUGGACAGAACAAUGACACCGGCGAAAAAGCUGUCGCUUCAACGGGUGAAGAAGAAGGUUCACGAUUUUCAGUCACGACAAUUGAAGAAAUGAGUGAGACAACAACGAAAGGCGACAGCGGCAGCACCGCGACAAUUACAGCUAUGGGGACUGAAAUUGGCACAGAAGAAACUUCGCUCACCAACCAUCCGAGCCAACCCUCCACUGAAGGCGCCAGAAAACCCGGAACGACUUCCGAUGGUGAAGCCGCAUCAGCCAACAAAUACGACACGGUCUCUCAGAAUGCAGGAUCCACAACAGCGCAAACCACAAACGCCACAACAGGUGACACGGCGAAGAAAGGCGACAGCGACAGCAGCAGGACGGUCUCCCACACCACCUCCCCUCUUUUGCUUCUUCUUGUUGCGAGUGCUGCUACUGCGGCUGCGGUGGUGGCCGCGUGA